UUGAAGGAAAAUAAAAAAGUGCCAACAUUUUCGCCACCAAUACCAGAUUAUAAAGCAAAUGCAAUUCAAUCGAUGGGAAAUGGUUUAUUAAAUAAAGUUGUGCUUCUUUUUGAAAAACCAUUUUGGGAAAACGGCGGAAAAUUUUAUUUUGCCAAUAUUUCUUCAUCAAUGUGAGUUUUACCAAAGAUUUAAAACAUUAAAGGGGGUGUCCUUCUACAUGAAAAAUCAAGUCCGCAAUUGUGCGUCACAUUUUUGGACUAACUAUUAGCAAGCCUAAAGUUGAUUAAAAUCGCCUUCCAUUGUUUAAAAAUGUUAGGAAAUGCAUUUCGCGAGAAAUACACACAAAUAAAUUAUGUGUGUGAAGAGCACACAUGUUUUUUAUAUGCACUAAAACCUUAAAACCUGAGAAAAACAUGGAUAAAAUGGUGAAAAAUCACUCUAGAAUCAAAAUUAAAUAUGGAAUGUUUCAGGAGCACCUUAGCUCUAUCGAUUAAGCCUAAGUUUCCCUGUAGCAGGACAACCCCUUUAAUCAAUAUUUUUUCUUGCAGAAAAGGUCGCGGUGAAAUGUUCCUUUGGCAAACAAUUCCAGAAAGUCGAGUUUUGACAACUUAUUUGGCUGGAUCUUCGGCGAAUUUGAAUUUACCAGAUGAAUUGAUUGUUGAAAAAGCUAUGCAUAUUUUGAGCUCCAUUUUCCCACAACAAUGUCCAAGAGCGGUUAGUGCUGAAAUAUCAGAUUUUUGAGGGAUUGUUUUUGUCAGAAAAUAUCUUUUUUUUUUGUUUAAUUUAUCUAAAAUUCUGAAAUCAGGCUUAUGCAGAAGCAGAAAAUUCGAUUUACUAAUUUUUGAAAAAUUUUGGGAAGAUUUCUAUUUUUCAGCCGUUGAAAUAUAAAGUAACAAAAUAUCAAGAUGAUGAAAUGGCAUUUGGAAGCGGUUCUUAUAUGAGUUUGAGAACAGAAAGUUAGUUUUGUUUGUUUUCUUGAAAUAUGAAAAUCCACAUUUUUGCAGUGAAACAUUACGAAGAAUUGACCAAACCAUUAAUCAGUCCGAAAUCGCAAAAAAAUACGGUUUAUUUUGCUGGCGAACACACCUCUGAGAGAUAUGGUGGAAGUCUUCAGGUAAUAUUCAGAUUAUGCGAAUUGAUUUGGAAAAAUAUAAUUUCAGGGUGCUUGGUUGUCUGGACUUCGUGUUGCAGCUGAUAUGGCUAAUGAAAUUUUGGGUAUCAGUUUUGUGAGCUGCGAAGACAUCGAGGUAGGUAAAAUGUCUCUAAUUGUCUUGCAAAUUCUGAAACUUAUCAGUUCUACGUUGUCCUUCAUGGGAUUGUUUUGAAAAAUUUAAAGGUCCCAUGUUUUUCCACAAAAUUUUUUUUCGAAACUUUUUAGAAUCAUCAUUUUUCCCUGAGAUCCUAGGUUUUUUCUAGAAGAUAAACCAAAAAAUUAAUAAUUGUUUUUUUCAGAUAAUCGAUGAGAAUGACAAUGAUGAAAUUUUGUCAAUGGAUCGACCAUAA